GGACCGACAGCAGUUCCUGCGGGAUGAGGAGCAGCGGCUCAGGGAGUUCAACACCAUGCGCCAGUGGGAGAUCAUGAACAGGUUCAAGAAUGCAGAGAUUCAUAAUGAGUUCAAAGAAAAACUUCGUCUACAGAAGGAGAGGAAAAUUAAUGAGUACAAAGAGGAUAUACUGAAACUAUGGAAAGAGCGUUCAGACCGCGAGGCGCAGGAGCGCGCCGACACGCGCUACUUCUACGGGGAGCUCGCCGAACGGAAACUAAGAGACGCCGACAACAAGCUGCUCACACACGCCAACAAGUUGCUCGAGGAGGCUGCCAAACAUGGCCGCCCGGACUUUGCCUUGCAUAAGGCUAUUGACCGUUACUGCAAGCUGUACCGCCUGUACCCGAUGCCGGCGCUGCCCGCGUCGCUGCAGGAGCACCACCCGCACUACGCGCCGUGGGACGGCUCCGCGCCCGACCCUGGUACGAGGACCCGCCGCCGCCGGGGCAGGACGCUGCAGACACGGGGGGCAAGAGGGACGGCAUGCAGGACGAGAAGCCGGCGUCGUCAAAGCCAGAGUCGAAGAAACCUAGCAAGGAGAGCAAGCCAGAAGAGAACGUGGCCGCAUACAAGCGAAUCGGACCUGCGAACGGAUUGCAGCGACGCAACGCACAGACGGAUCUGUUGUUGCCGUCGAUCGUGACAAUCCCAUGCAAGACGGAGCAGUGCCGCUGUGACCUCAAACACAAAUGAAACU